AGGGAGGCCCUGCGGCUGCGCCGACCCCCAGUAGUCGUCCGCACGUCGAAGAGUUCGCGUGUCUCCGCUGUCUAUCGCAGCCGCUCGCUUAACUUUCGCCGGCCGCCGAAAAUCCCGCGACGCUACAACCGUGCGAACGGAGCCUUAAUGCAACCCUUUCGCUAUCUGUUUGAUCGCUCGUCGCUACCAGUGUUUGGCUAAUGCCCACCCUUAGGCGUCUCGAUUGCUCGCUUACCAUUUGGUCAUCAAGUACAGUAAUACCGGAGCUUUAACGAAAGACAUACCGUGUGAUUCGAAGGACCAUAAACUUUAAUUCAUUGAAGACUUUUUAGUAAUGCUACAGCGUUUUCAAAAAAGUGCGCCAAAGACUAUAAACUUGUGUGUUUACCUUUAGGCAUAUCAGGAUAUUACAUUGAUAGUGAUUAACAAAAGUUUAAGACAUAGAUAUUUUAUGGUAUCUGGGACUGACUGUUGUCUCGGUGGUAGUGUGAAGUACUGACUGGAUGGUGCUGGUACCCGAUGAGACCGCCCUGCGGGAACUGUUGCAGUGAUGAUGUGUAGUGUGGUGUGGAGGUUGUUGUGUAGGAGCAUGACCGAUGGAUAUUUUCUUUUGCAAUUUUUCCUGCUGCUGACGUUAUUGCAGUGCACACAUGGCUCCGGCAUCUUCGAGCUCCAAGUGCUGGAGAUGGCCAACCCGCGCAGCGAACUGUCCACCGGCCAGUGUUGUGGCACGAGCCAACGCUCGCCCAUAUCCAACCGGUGCUCGACGCCGUGCCAGACAUUUUUCCGGCUGUGCCUGAAGGAGUACCAGAGCAACGUGACCAGCACGGGAUCGUGUUCGUUCGGGAACGCGUCCAGCCAGGUGCUCGGCAGAGAUACGUUCACGUUAUCCGACCCGGACAGAGGGAAGCUGGUGCUGCCCUUUACGUUUAGAUGGACGAGAUCCUUCACGCUGAUCCUUCAAGCUGUAGAUUAUAAUAAUUUCUCGAUGCCCGCCACCAACGAUAUUAUCGAGGAGGCGACCUAUUCGGGCAUCAUCGACCCCAGCCCCGAAUGGCACACGCUGAACCAUCGGGGACCUCGCGCCCACCUCACCUACAGGGUGCGCGUCAAGUGUGAUACCCACUACUAUAACUCAACCUGUACAAAAUUCUGCCGGCCGAGGGACGAUAAGUUCGGCCAUUUUAUCUGUGAUGCUAAUGGUGAUAAGGAGUGUAUAGAGGGAUGGAAGGGGAAUAUAUGUGAUAUUGCUGUAUGCAAAGCUGGAUGUCAUCCAGUACAUGGAAAAUGUGAUUUUCCUGGAGAAUGCAAUUGUCGACCAGGCUGGAGAGGAGAUUUUUGUGACCAGUGUGAACCUUAUCCAGGCUGCAAACAUGGAUACUGCAACGGUUCAUCUUGGCAGUGUAUUUGCGAUACAAAUUGGGGCGGCAUACUAUGUGAUCAAGACCUAAACUACUGCGGUACUCACGAACCCUGCCUCAACGGCGGUACCUGCGAGAACACAGCCCCCGAUAAGUACAACUGCACCUGCCCGGAGGGGUUUUCGGGAACGAACUGCGAGGUGGUGGACAACCCUUGCGCCCCUGCCCCCUGCCUCAAUGGCGGCACCUGUUUGGAGGCAGGAGGAUCGUUUAGUUGCGAGUGCGGACCGGGAUGGGCAGGAGCCACUUGCGAAAUCGACAUUGACGAAUGCGCCUCGGCUCCCUGUCAGAACGGCGGUUCGUGCGUGGACCUCCAAUUCGCCUUCAGGUGCGACUGCCCCGCGGCGUGGGAGGGCGACCUCUGUCAGUUCGAUGUAGACGAAUGUAAGACUCAAAAUCCCUGCAUCAAUGCCAUCACUUGUACGAAUUUGGUUGGCGAUUAUCACUGCAAAUGUCGAGUGGGCUGGAUGGGCAAGAACUGCGAUCAAAACAUCAACGACUGCGUAGGACAAUGCCAACACGGCGCCACCUGCAUUGAUUUGGUUAACGAUUACCACUGUGCAUGUCAACCUGGUUAUACAGGACGAGACUGCCACACGGACAUAGACGAAUGCUCAUCGAAUCCGUGCAAGAAUGGUGGAGAAUGCGUAGAUCAGGUUAAUGGUUACAAAUGCAUAUGCCCCGUAGGCAUCACAGGUCAUGAAUGUGAGAAUGACUACGAUCACUGCAAUCCUGAUCCCUGCCAAAACGGAGCACCAUGUUUCAAAGCGCAAAACGACUAUUAUUGCCAUUGUCCGGAAGGGUGGCAAGGAAAAAACUGCAGUCAGGCCAAACUUGUUUGUGAGAAUCCACCUUGUGAAAAUGGAAUAGAUAGUUGUGUAGUGGUAUCUGUCGGUGGAAGCAGAAGUUCAGCUCCAAGCCUAUGUGGUGAACACGGUCACUGCAUCAACCAACCAGGAAUAGGAUACAAAUGCCAAUGUCAGCCAGGCUACACUGGAAAAUACUGUCAUGAAAAUAUCAACGAUUGCAAAGUCAACCCUUGUGAAAAUGGUGGUACAUGCGUGGAUAAAGUGAAUGCUUUUCAGUGUAUAUGCAAUGAAGGUUGGGAGGGUGCUUUAUGUAGUAUAAAUACUGAUGACUGUACGCCAAGUCCAUGUCGUAACAACGGCACCUGCAUAGAUGGCGUCGCCGAUUUCGAAUGCGAAUGUAAAAACGGUUGGAAAGGAAAAACGUGUAGUCUCAAAGAUAGCCACUGCGAUCACACGACCUGUAAAAACGGCGGGACUUGUCAAGAUUUAGGCAACACCUUCAUGUGCAGGUGCCCUCCCGACUGGGAAGGUACCACCUGUCACAUAGCUAAACAAACUGCUUGUACUUCAAACCCAUGUUUAAACGGAGGAACAUGUGUAAACACUGGCGAUUACUAUCAAUGUAUCUGUCGAGACGGUUUCGAGGGCAACCACUGUCAAGAUGACGUCAACGAUUGUAGUCCUCAACCUUGUUACAAUGGAGGAAAGUGCAUUGAUGGAGUUAACUGGUUCUUGUGUGAAUGCGCUAAUGGAUUCACAGGUCCCGACUGCAGAAUUAAUGUAAAUGACUGUGCAUCAAACCCUUGUGGAUAUGGUUCAACCUGUAUUGAUGGCAUCGGGGAUUAUAAAUGUAUUUGUCCGCCAGCGAGGAGAGGAAAGAAUUGCAAUAAUGAUAUUGCAUACCUACCUUCUCCAGGCAGUUGCUUAUGGAACAGCCACAGUCUAGAAAAUAACGUCACGUGGCAACAUGAAUGUAAUACGUGCAUAUGUAACAGCGGUGUAGUUAAAUGCACCAAAAUAUGGUGCGGACUAGGAAACUGCCGCACGUCCAAUCAGCAAAGUACCAUGUGUAAUCUGAAUCAAGUCUGUGUCCCAACCUCAACAGAAACUUGCCUUGCACCUCCUUGCCUACCAUAUGGAGAAUGCAGAGACUUAGAAAGUGGUCGUAGAGUGAAGCCUCCGCUUUUACCAAGCCCUAGCACGUGUUGGCCGAACCAAGCAGUACUGAGUAAUAAUUGUGCUAGACUUACAUUACUUCUCGACAGAGUCAAGUUGCCUCAAGGAAUUACAGUGGAAGGAUUAUGUGGUGACUUAAGACGUUUACUGGCAAAUCAGCAGGCUAUUGAAGGUUUACAGCACGAGCUAGUAUUACUUUGUGACUUGAAAAUGGAUUAUAAUGAUACCAUUGAAGUCACUUUGUUUGGAAGCCACUGGGUCCUCGAUGGAAUUCGUGUAGUAGGUGAGGCGAUCUCGCGGAAACAAACUAGCCUCUUAGCAUUGACAUCAAUAGUGGAAGUUAAAGUAGAAACAGCGUUAAUAUCUGGUGAACAACAGAGUAACAAAGUUCUGAUUGCACUCGUUUGCUUUGUUAUCAUUGGACUAACAACGGCGGCUUUUAUUGGGUUACUGUAUUUUAGACAGAGAAGAAGAAACUUGGGAAUCAGCGGGAUGAACCUAUCUCCCUCGUCUGACACUUGCCAUAGAAAUCACGAAGAUGAAAAGUCAAACAAUUUGCAGAACGAGGAAAAUCUAAGAAGAAAAGAAAUGGCAGGAAGUGGAAGCAUGGCGAGCAUAAAUUCAGCCACAGGAUGCGGCUUUGAUAUGCCUAGGGUAAGCGUAGUCCGACCUUUAUCCCUGCUGCCCAGUGAAAGCUCUAGCGAGAUGCUAGAAAUGAUCUCGGAAGUGGAGUGCCCCGGAUCGAGGAAGACAAUGCUCGUAUUACCCGGCACCAGCGCAUCGGAGACGACGCUCAAGCUCAGCGAUAGCAUGACGUUGGAUGGCCUGAGCCCCGCUCACCGCAGCAGCCAAAUCAUGCUGUACAAAGCCCAGAAUCCGGACGUGCGGAAAAACACGGCCGCCUUCGACGAUUCGUCCGGACACAAGGACUUCACCAAGAGCAUCAUUAAUGUGAAUAAGCAGAGGACUACACAACAGAACACCAGUGGCAGUGUCGAUGUGCUUACUGUUCUUGUUUAAGAGGGCCAGUUUUUACGUUAUAGUUAGAUAAAUGUUCGUUUUAGAAAAUUAUGGUGACUAUACACAUACUGCAAUACAAUUGGGCCUUGUUCUAGACACAUGAUAAUAUUAAUGAUCUAUUUGAAUAAUGAAUGUAUUACAAAUUUUACUUAUAGUAAUCUUAUUUUUUUUUAAAUCAAGUCAAGUA